UUGAGACGCACAAACCCACAACCACUAGAGGAGACUUUACCCAAAGGAACCUAAACUCUGCUGUCUUGGAAAGGAGUCAUGACCAAAGAGAUUGAGACUCUGGGAUUGGUCCUUCAGAACGAGAGCUUCAACUACCAGUGUUACAAUAACCUCAUCAUGGACUCCUGGGCCUACACAGACAGCCUGCUCACCUACGAGCAGUGCAAGACACCAAAAGAACAGAAAAUGGUUGCAUGCAGCCGAGGCAGCAGUAUGUACAAGCCAGAGAGGACACUGAGUGGCUCCUCCCCCGAGCUGGUCUCCCUGGAGACGCCUACCAACAUCAUCAACAACCCCCAGGAGGCGCUGGACCUCAACAGCAAGCUAUCGUCUCUCUGCCCCCCCUCUGUCCCCCAAAACCCUCUCCCCCUCAACUCCAGUGCCGACACCUAUGACAAGCAGGCCAUCAACAACAUGUUCGACUCCCUGCUCUCCCAGAAGUGGCCCACAGAGACAGUCUUCCCUGAGGCCACCACUGAGGCUCUACCCUACAGCGAUCCCUUUACCAAGCAGCCCAGCCCAGUGUACUCUGACUCCUACACCAACUCCCCUCCAGAGAGAUACAGGAAUGAUUUCCAGUUCAUUCUGGGAGCCCCUCAAGCCACCCAGCACAAGUCGUCCCAGCUGCCCAUGGUUUACCUCAACAAAGGCCAGUUCUACCCAAUCUCCCUACAGGGGGUGGACAGCCUGUCCUCCAACAAAGUCAAGACGGUUGUCAUGGCGGUGUUUGAGAAUGACAAGAGUGCAGAGAUCCAGCUGAGGUGCUGGAAUCACUGGCACGCAAGGCAGCCGACCGUUAAGCAGAGGGUCAUUGACAUCGCUGACUACAAAGAGGUCUUCAGCGGCAUCAGCCAUGUGGAAGAGGUGGCCUUCAACGCUCUGUCCUUCAUCUGGAACCCCAAUGAGGAAGCUAAAGUGUACAUUGGCAUCAACUCUCUGAGUACAGACUUCUCCUCUCAGAAGGGAGUGAAGGGGCUUCCUCUCAACCUCCAGAUCGACACCUAUGAUUUCAGCACCGGCACCAACCGCCUCAUCCACAGAGCUGCCGUCCAGGUCAAAAUCUUCUGUGAUAAGGGUGCGGAGAGGAAGAUGAGAGAUGAGGACAGGAAGAGGAGCAAGAGAAGGGGCAAGACUGUCAUCGACUCCAAAACCAACAAGGCAGUAGUGUCCAGCUCCAUGGGAAGUGACAGCACCUUCUUCAAGACCCUGGAGGACCACGUCACCAACCCUGUCCUCUUUAUCCCAGAGAUGCACCUCUCCAACAUGCAGCGCUGUGGCCUGGCACCUCCCACAACACUGGAAGAAGUUGAAAGGACCUCCCUGAAGAGACUGUACCCUGAUAGAGUGGACCAGAGCAGUGGUAGCCCACCUCCAAGCAAGCAGGCCAGAUUGGAGGAACAACAGAGAGUACUCCUGUACGUGAGAACAGAGUCCGAGGAGGUGUUCGAUGCUCUCAUGCUCAACACCCCAACUCUGAAAGGCCUGAGACAAGCGAUUUCUGAAAAGUAUGGCAUGCAAGAGGACACCAUCGGGAAAAUAUACAAGAAAUGCAAAAGAGGGAUAUUCGUCAAUAUGGAUGACAUCAUCAUCGAACACUACAGCAACCACUCGGCAUUCCUCAUAGAGAUCUCUGAAGUCAUGAGCAGUCAGUUCCAGGUCACUCUCAUGGAGUUAUGAAGAGAGGGCGGACGUUUUUUAUGUUCGGCCCACCAAAUGGCAAGGUCUGCCCAAUCAAACUGCCUGCCGAUUUCAACCCUUUAAGCACUGCCCUGUGAGAGACUCUAUUGGCCAGGCCAACAGGACAAAGACCAAUGGGGCCAAAGAAGACACACCAUCCGUUCAACCAUUGAACAGACUUCAGACCAAAUGCUUUAUAUUGAUGCCAGUCACUGACUUUCUAAAUACCAUUUAACCCCCUUAUGACUUUUUAUUAUGGUUUAUAUUUUAUAACAGAGCGAUUAUGACUAAUUAUGAUGACGAUGCUGUAAAUAUUUUAUGUAAAUAGAAAUUAAUAUGACGUUUGAUUUAUCUCUUUGAGGAGACCUACAGCGAUACCAUGACCCAUUUUUCACAAACAUCCACAAGCUACGUAUUUCAAUUUCAGGAGACAUAUCGUGAAUGUUGUCAACUUUUUCAAAGACUGCCAUUCUUGCUGCUUGUCAUGUAGUUAUCAUUUCUUCCAAGAGAUCUCAAGUAAUGGGAACGGUGCCAUUGUUUGAUAGUAAAAAAAAGUGUAUAUAUAUAUAUAUAUAUAUAUAUAUAUAUAUACCAUAUUACUUCUCACACCAUUAUGUUUGCUAUAUAAUGGUACUGCCAAUAGGAUAAUGCUGUAGCCUGAAUUGUCCAACACACACCCUAGAUUGAACCAAAGUCACACAUUUCCCACUUCACGGGUAUUGCCUUCACAAAAACCUGAGUGGCCUUCUUUAAUAGAAGACUGUACACAUUUCUAGGUUGUAUUGUGUUACCACAGAAUUCUUCCCCCAAGCCACUGUGCUAUAACCACUAUGUUUCAGAUCAACCCCUUUCAAAAUCUUUUAGCUGAGUUUUUUGUGAAGGCUUUUGGAUUUCUCUUUGUAUGUUUUUGCAACAUUUCAAUGCUGUAGCUAUAUCCCUGUAAUAUAUCUUCUGAUUGACCAUGGCGAUUCUUUUGUAUUGAUACUCGUUUCAAAGAUAAAUAAAACAUAUACGAAAAGUG